CGCACGUAUUUAUCUCAAAUCCUAUUUGAUGGCCAGUGUGAGGACAAGGGAAAUCAAAGAAAGGUGAUCAAGGAUACAUAAACGUUUCCGAUGCGAAAACUAUGUCAGGAACAGUGAGUCUAAACCAAAAUUGGACGUUGGCGCCAAAAGUCCGAGACCAAAACGGAAAUGACGAGUUGAAUGGUUUUACAUCACCACUGCCCAGAUCUGGUUCAAUUAUCGUUAGCCAUCACUCGCCAGAGAAAAUCAGUGCAAUGAAAAAGGAAGGGAACAGAGACAACUUAUACCACAUCGCGGCAUUCUACUGUCUCUUAAUGGGGCUACUCGGGCUCGUCUUUCCCGUCACUGAGGCACUCACAAACAAAUGGCUCAAGCUAGACUAUGUUGGGGGCUUCAACAUUUACAUGUCUGUGGUAUCAAUAAUUGUGAUGCUAAUCAUACAGUUCGUCCUUUUACGUGAAAAGAAAGUCAAGAAGAAAGAAGUAAUAGCCACUAGAAGGGCCUCUAGACUCGGAAGCAUAGAGUCUAGUUUCAAGGAGAUAGAUCCGAGUGAUCUUGGUUCACAAAUGACACUACAUAGACACUCAAUAACUACCACAGUAUCUGAAGAAGAGAUACCUUUCGAACAGAGUAAGCAUGGAGCUGGAUUCUACAUACGAGUUGGCGCCAUUGGUUUUGGUCUUGGAAAGUUGUUGUUCAACGGCUUGAAUCUGGCUAAUCUAGCUGGACCUGAAUGCAGAAACGUUGUUAUGUCCGUAGAUGUCGGAUGUGGCCUUCUUUUCACAUUCCUGCAAACUUUCUUCCUCUUCAAAAAUUCAGGGCUGUGCGUUUACAAGUACAGGAACAUUGUUGCAUUUGGACUUCUGCAUGUUCUGGCCACUAACAUGUGCGUUUGGGUCAGAGCUAUUAUUAGUGAAGCUCUUGAAACAAUCGAGGAACACGGUCACAUCUCUGAUAAUUCUUCAUCUGGUCAUUUAUACAGCUCUCCUGAAGAUUCUGUCAUGUUUGUGGAAGCAGGUGGCGGUGGUCACAGCAGCGUCGUGACUGGAUGUGACAGAGGAAAGUCCAUCGUUGAUAGUGUCGCUCCCUAUCUCUUCCCUUUCAUCAUAGAAUAUAGCAUCAUCGCCGCAGCGUUGAGCUUCCGUAUCUUUACAAAUAUUGGGCUGGCGGUUAAGCCAUCUUCAGAAUCAGAUGGAUCAGAAAGGAACCAUGCAGAUCAUCAUCCUGUAGAAAAUUCAGUUGAUUGUACCAAGGCUAAUAAGGGAAUAUUUGCGGGGCUUAUUAUCUUCAUCCUUGGUGUGGUUGGUUUGAUUAUGUACAUGGUUCUGCUAAAGGAGGAGCAACAAUAUACGAACGCUAUAUACGCAUAUUAUAUUACCGAGAUUGGGAUGCUCGCGAUACUACUCGUUGCUGUUAUACUAGCCAUCUACAAGUUGAAAGAACUUUAUGUGAUGGCAUUACCAGAUGACAUCGAAAAUGCCCUUCUUGUGAUAGGACUUGUUGGUCUAGUUGCGAAUGAUCUUUUCGGAUUGAUGGCAGCAAUAACUAGCUGGGAUAAGGCUCCAGUGGCACACGGCCUCCAUUUGGCUGAAUCGCUAUUAUCUAGUAUUCAAGCUCUAGCCCAAAUAGUAUUCAUCACAGAUGCUCUGAGAAGGAGAUUAGGAACAAAAUCUCACUUUUUAGACAAACCAGGUCGGGGCAUCGUGACAUUCCUAAUCAUCGGCAAUGUAACUCUCUGGAUAACUCAAAGUAUCCAAGUUAAACAGGCAGGCGUCAAUGAACCUGAGGCCGAGGUGUUUGGACACGUUGCAUGGGCAAUCUUGGACCAUAUCACCGAUCCAUUGCGCAUUUUCUUCAGAUUUCAUUCUAGUGCUUGUUUGGCGGACAUUUUCAGUCAUACUUAUAGUUUUCACCAUGACCAUUAAAAUAGCAAACGGUUUGUGAUUGAUGUCAUUGAAAGUUUGCAGAGACUGAAGUCAAUAUCAGAGGCAUUUGAUGAAUUAUAAAUGCAUUUCAUUUGCUCUUAAUGUUCGGAAGAGAUAAGGAUAGAAAUGUAAUAUAAAAUGAAACUCAAUGAUACUUAAAAGAUUAUAAGACCUUCGUUUGAGGACCAAUAUAUUAUAUUAUAUAGCAACUUGAGAGGUAAACAAUGCAUCAAAGGAAUUCAAUGAGUUUAUUAGAGGUUAUAUGAUCAAUGUGUUUGUAUUCAAGUUUAUCUCAGAUUGAAUAUCAAAUGUAUUUCAAAAUGAACAGAAACCUCAUCACACGGAACACUACAAUGAUAUACAUUUUUUUGCUUUGUAUAUAUUAUAGAAUGUACAACGAAUUGUGAAUGGGGUUUGGCAAAUGAAUACCAAAAACAUGCAUGUUAUGAGUUUAUAGCGUUUUUGUAUGCUGCUCUAGCUAACGAACACUGGCACGACUGUAGUACUGUAUUAUUUAAGACUAAGAAAGUUACAAAAGGUAUAACAAAAUGUGGUAGCCUAUAUGAAAAAUAUUAUUUUCUUUAUAUUGAUGAUAAUAGGAUCUACACUAAAUUUGAAGCGGGGCCAGGGACGUGUAAAUAAAUGUUUUGUAGACUAUCUCUGAUUAUUAGUUUGGCC